CAGUGCUUUUCCCUUUUCUGACUAAAGUAACAUACUCGAUCACUGUCAGGGCUGUGGAUAGCCUGUCUUCUCCAGAAGGGACAGAAGAAGUGAGCGAAUCAAAGCAGGGAAUCGCGUUCUGUUUGAUGGUCUUUUUUUUGACAGCUUCAGACUCCGCUGCUGAAAUAACACAUAUUUUGCAACUGGGACAGUGAGCGGAGUUUGGUUGCUUUCUUUCAUUGGGAGUUAUAAAAAUAUAUGUGUGUAUUUUUAUAUAUAUAUAAAUCGAUGUGCUUGACCACUGAAGAGGAAACAGCUACUCAUUGUAACACUUCCCGAUUCUAUGAAAGCGAACCCGAUGAGUUCUGAACGGAGUACUCGCAUUUUGGAAAGCUGACAGAGCAAUUAUGAUGAGAAAUACCCUUAUUAUAAUUUUCUUAACAUUUAGGUGCCUGUCUUUUGUCAAUGGAAUCCACCCAGAAUGUCGCUUUUUUGUGGAAAUACAGAGAGAAGAGGUAGAAUGCUAUGACAUUCUGAAGAAAUUAGGAGGGUCAGACUCUAAAGGAUGCAGGGGAAUGUGGGAUAACAUCACCUGCUGGAAUCCUGCUGACAUUGGGGAGACAGUCACUGUUCCUUGUCCAAAAUCGAUCAGCUCCUUAUACAAUACAAACGGGUUUAUAAGUAAAAACUGUACAGCUAAUGGAUGGUCAGGUAUCUUCCCAAACAUAACCAUUGCUUGUGGACUCCACACCCUUGCAGGGUCUGAACAAAAACAGUUGAUUUUUUACCUGGUGGUGAAAACUUUGUACACUCUAGGAUACAGCGCCUCUUUCAUAGCACUGACCACAGGGAGUGCAAUUCUCUGUCUUUUCAGGAAACUUCACUGUACCCGAAAUUACAUCCACUUGAACCUGUUCUUCUCUUUCAUUGUGAAAACAGUCUCUGUCUUUGUCAAGGAUGAGAUUCUAUAUUCAUCUUCCAGUCUUACACAGUGUACAGAGGAUCUUUCGCUGAUUGGCUGCAAGGCGAGUUUGGUUAUUUUCCAGUACUGCGCUAUGGCAAACUAUUUCUGGCUAUUGGUGGAAGGCCUAUAUCUUCAUACUCUGCUAGUGGCAAUUUUCUCAGAAAACAGACACUUUAAAGUUUAUCUCCUCAUUGGCUGGGGAAUUCCAGCUGUGUUUGUAAUUGCAUGGAUUGUGGCAAGGAUAUAUUUGGAAGAUACUGGUUGUUGGGAUAUGACUGAUAAAGAUACUCCAAAAUGGAUUAUCAACAGCCCAAUUAUAAUUUCCAUUGUACUAAAUUUUCUUCUUUUUAUAAGCAUAAUAAGAAUCUUGGUACAGAAGCUGAUGUGUCCUGAUGUUGGAGGAAAUGAUCAGUCCCAAUACAAGAGACUGGCCAAAUCCACUCUGCUGCUGAUCCCAUUGUUUGGAGUGCAUUACAUCGUGUUUGUUUCACAGACUUUGUCACCAGAAUAUCAAGUAUCUUUUGAACUCGCCAUCGGUUCCUUCCAGGGUCUUGUGGUUGCCAUCCUCUACUGCUUUUUAAACAGUGAGGUACAAGGAGAACUGAAAAGGAAAUGGAGGAGUAUGUGUUUGAACUGGCAUGUGAGCCGAGACUAUGGAUUACACAGAUCUGUUUCCAGAAAUGGAUCUGAGAAUACAACCCAUUUUCAUCGCAAUUCAAGGGCACAGUCUUUCCUACAGACGGAAACCACUGUCCUAUAAAAGAGCUGUUUUGAUUUGGAUAUAAAGACCAUCUAUAAUCUGGAUGAUAUGUGAACAUCAGACUAUGUAUAGUACAUCUUUGAAGAAAAAUAAGAUGUUCACAUACUGCUGCGAUAUUCUGUUCUUAUGUACAUGUUUUAUAGAAAAAUCAAUUCCAGGGGCCUUUUUGUUUUCAUUGUAUUAAUUAUUGAUUCAGAAAACCCACAUUAUACAUCACUUAUUGUGAAAACUAACUCCUGUCAUACUCCUGAUUUGUUGCAAAAAUUAUUCCAGUCUCAAUAAAGACUGACAGGUUUAAUAUUUUUUAAGAAAUAAGAUCAACCAGAAAAGGAAUCAUAGAAUAACUAUUUUCAGUUUCUUUUAUAAUUAUUUCUGAAAAUUUGAUUAUAAUGUUUUGCAAAAACCAUACACCAAUCUUAAGUUUGUGUAACACACUAGAUUACACAUUAUGUUUGAGUAGAUAGCUGUGACAGCAUGAGUAGGCUGCAAAGGAACAAAUGAAGGUUCGUUCCAAUGUCAAAGGUAAAAAAAGAAGAAACAACCGUUCGGCUAUAGAGCCUUCUUCAGGUAUGAGGGAGAGAGUCAAAGAAGGAGAUAAAUAAGGUGGAGGAGAACAAAAGAUCGAGUAGUUAAUAAGGGGCAAGGAGGAAGUGAGAAUGAGUGUCCAAACCCGGGAGGAAACGGAGGAAAGUGGUGAAAAUUCUAAAUCUGCAAACGAAUAGAAAGGAUUUAGAAGGAGACGAGUCUGUUGUUGAGAGAAAGGGGAAGGAGUGAUCCAAGUUUCAGGAUAAUUGUGGUUUGGGACUUCUUUCUGCAGUAGGAGUUCCAAGACCCCUCUGUGAGGAUACAGAUUGAGAGAUCAGAAAAAGUUUGGCCGUUAGAGGUGAAAAGGGAAACUAUUGGUAUGGAUCCUUACAGCUCUCACGUUUCCUUCUCUUCUUCCUGUCUCAACAAUGUAAACGGCUAUUUACAUUUAGGGUAAAAGUUACCACUUCUUCAAUUGAUAGCAUUUUUUAAAUUAUUGACAAUAUCUUUGCCUCUGUUGAAAUCUUCAAAAUACCAUGUAAUUUCUCUAAUUUAAAUGAACAGCAGAGAGUAGGAAUCCUUAUAGUUUGUAGUGAGCAGUAGACCAAAAAGGUGGAAUUAUAAAGCAUAAUUAUAGUAAUCACAUUACACUUCCAAAUCAGAAAUUAUUUAUAUUAUUGUAUUUUGCAUUGUUGUUCAAGGGGCUAGUGACUUUUGAUUGGUGAGCAGUCGCUUGGUAGAUUUGUGCCUGUAAUUUAUAUUCAGCAUAAAUGUUACUGUAUAUGCAGCAAUAGUCUAUAAUAGAGUUGCCACCUAUCCAAUUUGUUCAGGUUAGAUAAGUCAGAUUUCUCCAUUAGUUGAAAUUUGAGAAAUGGGACCCUCAAUGAUGUACUGUAUUACAAUCCAAGGAUAAUAGGUGCACAAUAUCACUAAGAAAAAAUAUGUGCAAUUUUUGUUUGGGUUUUCCUUUCUAAUUUCUCAGUUCUUGCACAUUUCUACAGUAACUCACCAAACACUAAGCUUCAGAAUGUCACAAAGUGCACAAAGACAAAUUAAUUUUAAAUCACAGGAGAUAUGUAAUUGUCACUAGUGUUAUAAAUGCUUCCUAAUUAUCCUUUAAGUUGUCUUAAAUGGUCGAUAGAUAGACAUACUAACAACCAUGUAAUUGUAAAAUUUAACAGCAUAAGCCUUGUUGGACAAGAAAACGUAUUAUUGAAAACAACCUGAAAGCGUCUGUAUUUUGCACAGUACAACCUGAUAUACAGUAUUAUGAACAACAUUCAAGAUUUAAUGGAGAAGUAACAAUAGUAUCUUUAAAGGUCAAAUAGUUACCCACAUAGAAGUACCUUAAAUACUUAAGUAACAUGUCAGUUUUCAUGUGCGUUCUAUGUGAAUGCCAGUAAGGAGCCCUUAAUAACUCUCAGUGAGAGUGCAGCGAAGCAUCACAUUUUACAAGUGAUUCUUGAUUGUAGUUGUCAGGACAUAAAGUGUGCUACUGCGUAUUUGCAAAUCGUUAAAAAUUGCGUUGAAUCUCCUAAGACACAUAAUUUUUCAAAAUCAACAUAUUCAUAAUCAACAUAAAUCAACAAAUGGCUGCAGUGCUUGUUGAACGCUUUGUUCUGUUACCUGGUGUUUUUCAUAUUUGUGUGAUAUAUCCUACUAAGUCAUGCAGCCCUCACUUAUGAAUUGACUUUUCAUUAAGUUGUACAACUUAUUACUUCUUCUUAUUAAGAUCUUUGCACUUAAAGGUGUCUUAAUAUGCUAUUUCAUCUAAUAAAGGUAGCUUACUAUUUUCUGUAGUAAUGCUAAAACGGAAUCCAACCAUACUGAAUGGAUGUACUGAAUGAGAAGAUACAGUAGAGUAAAAGAGGCUGCAAAUGAGACAAGGUCAUUUUGACUCCUCUUGCUUAUUUGGUUGCCUGUAGUUGAUCAAAGAACCUAAUCAAUCCAUUAUUUGAACAUUCCCAAUGAACCAGCUUCCAUAAGAGGCUUAGAGCAUUUUCCAAAACAGCCCUAUAACUCUGUGUGAAAAUAUCACCCCUCUCUUAUUCAGUGAUUCACAGCAGAAAAAUCUUUUUCAAUGGCACAUAAAAGUGGCAAGCCAUGUAGGUACAGAGCCACAGUUAUGCAGCUUUGAUAAGAAUCUUUAUAGAGUCAAGCCCGAAACUGAGGCUAGUUUUGACCAUUAAAAACCAAUAACUGAGUCAGUCAGUUUAUUGAAGUUUUGGAUAAAAUUAUAAGAGACAGAUGCCCUUUGGCUCCUUUGAGGCCAUGGCUGGCUGGCCCAUUACUGUGUGAUCUGUCUGCAAAACCACAGUUAAUUAAUAUCUGGGGCCUUCUGUGAGAUUUCAUGAGUACUUUAAAGAUCACCACCUUCCCACCAAAUAUAAAUAUAGCUACGUACUGUAUGUCUCAGUUUUCCCAUUUGUUUCAAUGUCCCAUUACGUAACCAAACACCAAGAAAUAAAGUCCUAAAAUGUUUUCUCCGGUCACACGCUGAAUGUGUCAGUGAACAGCUGAAACUAAACUUUUUCGAUCUCAGAUAAUCGCUCUGAGCGCCUGCUGUCAAGCCAACAAACGUCUGGUAAUUUUCCAUCCCACAGAAUUUUUAAUAGACAAGUUUCUGAUUUCAGUAUGUCCCGAGUCAAAAAAAUGAUUAUUGUUCUGCCCCAUGAAGACAUUUAAGGAAAACUUGCUAUCUCCCUCUAUUUUGAUUUGCCAUUCACUUCAGACUUCGUUAAGUUUCUGCCACUUAAAUGAUGAAAUCACCAUUUCCAAGCCACAGCUUUCCAUUGUUAACAUAAAGAAAAAUUAUACAUUUCUUAUAAUUAUAAAAAAUUAUAAAAUUAUAUUUAU